AUGGCGGCGGCGGGAGACGGCGGCGGCGAAGGGGGCGCGGAGAGCCCCUUCGCCGAGGCGCGCGCCGACGCCCGGGGCCCCGUACCCGCGGCGCUGCACCCGGAGGAGGUCACCGCGCGGCUGCAGCGGAUGCGCCGGGAGCUUAGCAACCGCAGAAAAAUUCUGGUGAAGAACCUGCCCCAGGACAGCAGCUGCCAGGAAGUUCAUGACUUAUUACAAGACUAUGAAUUAAAAUACUGUUAUGUGGACAGAAAUAAGCGAACAGCUUUUGUUACCUUAUUGAAUGGGGAACAAGCGCAGAAUGCAAUUCAGAUGUUUCAUCAAUAUUCUUUUCGAGGAAAAGACUUAGUAGUCCAGCUCCAGCCAACAGAUGCUUUGCUAUGUAUUACCAACUUGCCCACUUCUUUUACAUUAGAAGAGUUUGAAGAACUUGUUCGUGCUUAUGGAAAUGUUGAGAGAUGUUUUCUUGUCUACAGUGAAGUCACUGGCCAUUCCAAAGGCUAUGGAUUUGUAGAAUACAUGAAAAAGGACUUUGCUGCAAAGGCUCGAUUGGAGCUAUUGGGUAAACAGCUGGGAGCAUCGGCUGUCUUUGCACAGUGGAUGGAUGUUAAUCUAUUGGCCGCAGAGCUCAUUCAUUCUAAGUGCCUUUGUAUAGAUAAACUCCCUAGUGACUAUAGAGAUUCAGAGGAGCUGUUGCAGGUUUUUUCCAGUAUCCAUAAACCUGUGUUUUGCCAGCUUGCACAGGAUGAAGGUAGUUAUGUUGGUGGCUUUGCAGUGGUUGAAUAUAGCACUGCAGAGCAUGCUGAAGAGGUUCAACAAGCAGCCGAUGGCAUGACCAUCAAGGGAAGCAAAGUUCACGUUUCCUUCUGUGCCCCAGGAGCACCAGGGCGAAGUACUUUAGCAGCACUGAUAGCAGCUCAACGUGUGAGGCACAGUAAUCAAAAGGGCUUACUUCCAGAGCCAAAUCCAGUGCAAAUCAUGAAAAGUUUAAACAACCCUGCCAUGUUGCAAAUUCUUCUACAACCCCAGCUCUGUGGGCGGACUGUUAAACCAGCAGUUCUUGGAACACCUCACAGCUUGCCACAUCUGAUGAAUCCAUCCAUCUCCCCUGCAUUUUUACAUUUGAAUAAAGCACAUCAGAGCUCACUUAUGGGUAAUACUUCUAAUUUAUUUCUUCAGAAUCUUUCUCAUGUACCAGUGGCUCAGCAACAGUUAAUGAAGUUUGAGAAUAUACAUACUAAUAAUAAACCGGGCUUACUUGGAGAACCCCCAGCUAUGGUACUUCAGACUGCUGUAGGGAUAGGGUCACCGCUUCCGUUGAAAACAGAGUUGGGCCAUCUUGGAGAAGCACAUAAAACAUCUAAUUUGAUUCCAACUCAAACAACUAUAACAACUGGCAUGGGCAUAUUACCAUUCCUUCCAAAUCAGCACAUUGCUGGACAAGCUGGACCAGGGCACGGGAGCACUCAGGAGAAACAGCCAGCCUUGGUGGGAGUGGCAGAAGGAAAUUUCUCAGGGUCACAGACUUAUCUGCAGAGCUUUCCAAACCUUAUUGCUGGAGGCUUGCUCACAGGACAUCAUAAGCAACAACAAAGUCAGCCAAAAGGCCUGGAGAUAAGUUCAGGGGCUGCCUCUAAGAAUCAGACUUCACUCUUGGGAGAGCCACCAAAAGAAAUCCGGCUCAGUAAAAACCCAUACUUGAACCUGGCAAGUGUGUUGCCCAGUGUGUGCCUAUCAUCCCCUGCAAAUAAAACCACUGUACAGAAGACUGGAAUUGCAAGCAACCUUCUGGAUACAAUCUCUCAGGGAAAUGAAUCACAACACACAUUGGAGAAGUGCAUUGCUUAUUCUCAACCUUUUGGUGAUUAUGCACAGGUGUCAUCUUUAAGAAAUGAAAAGCGAGGCUCAUCAUAUCUCGUCUCUGCCCCAGAAGGUGGUUCAGUGGAAUUUGCUGACCAGCAUUCUCAGGGCACAGGAGCAUAUUACAUGGAAACCUACUUAAAAAAGAAGAGAGUGUACUGAGUUAAGUUCUCUCCUUAUAAACUCAUAAGGUUCUUUGCAGUAUCUCUGCUGUUCAUCGCUGCCUUAACUACAUUCAGACUAGCCAUAUCCUUUAAAUUACGGGUUUAUAACUUCCCAGAACGAACUGUGUUGUGCAGCAGGCAGAAUUGCCAAAUAAAAAAAGUAAGUAGCAAUAAGAGACAUCAAUUGAGGACAUAUUCCACUAGAAUUAGAUGCAUCUUAAUCAAUGUGCUAUUAAAUUACAGUCCAUUGGAGAAAUUAACAUAUCCUAAUAUUCCUUGUUUAGGACUGGGAAUAAUUUUGACACCAUAUAUAGAAGUGUGAAGCAAUAAAAUGGGAAACAUUCUUGGUUUCCCGAGCCUUAGAAUAAAUUUCUGAUAAGCCAAUGUACAUUUCAAUUUACUUUAUCUGGAAGUAAUCUCAUUCACAAAUUUUUAGACCUUUUCCUAGAAUUAGAGUGCAAGUACAAAAUGCAGUGACUGGUAAUGUUAUAUUCUAAUACAAACUUCAUUAUCACCCCCCUAUACCAGUCAUGCACUGUCAAACUCAAACACAGAGGUGACAUCCAAGGUAUAUACCACUACAGAUGCUUUAUGCUUAUAUAUUAUUUACCACUAAUACCUCUUGUGGGGGAAAAAGGUAUUUUUUUAAGUAGCUUUGGUGAUCUAGUAAUAAUAUCAGGGGUUGGCAAACUGCUCCCUGUGGUCAAAUUCAGUCCUCCACCUGUUUUUGUACUGCCUGCAAACUAAGAAAGACGUUUACAUUUUAAAAUGUUUGGAGGAAAAAAAAAAGUAUGACUUGAAAUUCAUAUUUCAGUGUCCAUACAUAAAAUUUUAUUCAAACACAGCCAUGCUUAUUCACUUACAUAUCAUCUAUGGCUAAUUUUUGUGCUACAGUGGCAGAGCUGAGUAGCUGCAAAGCCUAAAAUAUUUACUAUCUGGCCCUUUAUAAAGUUCACAGACUCCUGAUCUAAUACCAUUAAUACCCUAAUCCUUUUAUUUUACCUCUACAAAAAAUACCCUAAUCCUUUUAUUUUACAUCUACAAAAAGACUUAAAUUUUCCAACAGAUUUGUAAGUAAGUGGCAAGAAACGUAGGUUUCUAAGUUUUGUAGAAUAGUGAUGAUUAAUUUACACGUUUUAGUCAUCAAAUGCCCUAUUUCCACAGUAAAGCAGUCAAUUCUGCCAUUUCUAAAGGGGUCUUAUGAGGUAACAGUAUUUAUAACCAUUCUUAGAUAAUAAGCUAUACCUCACUCUCUGCUUUGUUUCUUAUUUGGUUGCAGUGUGUUAGGCUGAAAAAUUAUCAGGUGUUUAACCCAGUUUUAUCCAGCUUCCUUUCGAAAGAACUGUUCAUUGCACAUAACUUUUGACAUCACCAUUUCCUGAAGACCUUGAUAUUCAAAUUGCAUGAGAAACCCUUUUGCUAUCCAGAAUGUCUAAGUUUGUUCUUUGUUAUGAGACACUAAUUCAUGAUGUGGAAUUGAGGGGUCUCAGUGAUCCUAGUCUUUUUGAAAUCAGAUCUUUAAGUAUCUUGUAUUUGAGGGACUUUAUAAUAGAGGGUAUCGCUCCUGUUUUAGAAGUUUAAAACUGCUAUAUAUGAUUUGUAAUGUAUUGCUUAUGUUAACUUCUGCUGGCAAAUGACAGCUAGAAAGUUAAACUAAGAUAAUUUCUAGUAAGUAUAUGACCUAUAAAUAACCAAUCAGGAUGGGCAUCACUCAGUUCUGACUCAGCAGAUGAAAAAUGGGUUCUCCACGCUCUGCACUUCUUGUUUUCCUGUUGCAUUAAGCCUCUUCAGUGCUUUGUCAUAACUCUAUGACAGCAGAAGAAAGAGAAGAUGGAAAUUUUAGAAAUACAAGCAGAAAGAGGUUGAAAGAACUAAAAGGUACUUUGAGUUAACAGGUGUGGGUCUGCCAUCCAUACUGGCCUGUGCCCCAUUGGGACAUAAGAGAUAAGUGUGACUCAAGUUGUGUUAGUAUAAGGACCAUUACCCAUGCUCUCCCCACCAGUCCAUACUGUUAUUUUUCUAUGUAAACAAAUUGUAAUGCUUUGAAAAUGAACUCUUAAUAUUAAAAGGCAUAUGCAUGUGAA